AUGCUCAGAUGCAUUACGCUAGUAAUUUUAAGGACUGGAUUGCAUUGGGCAGCUCGUCGGGGACACGUAAACAUUGUGAAUUUAUUGUUGCAAGCAGGCUUCGACCCAGAUCUGAAGGCUAAAGACGGUAAAACGGCUAUGGAUGUCGCUCUGGAUCAGUCAGUAAAGGAACUUAUCCAGCAAUUUCAAAAAACAUCUGAUUUGAGAUUCUCUUCUGACAACACCACUAUGCUAACGUUGGACGCUAACUCGUCCUUGUCCAUCGGUGAUUAG